AUGCUGAAUGGUCAGAGUAAGGAAGAUAUUGUCUCCCAAAUCGAUGCUGCCCGCUGUGUUUUUCCAAGCCUUCGGAAAUGCCUAUGGAUCCGACGUGACCUCUCCGUCGUCACUAAGAUUCGCGUGUACCUUGCAUCCUUCCGGUCUGUCCUUCUCUACGGUUGCGAAUGCUGGGCUUUGCGCGUGGCGGAUGAGCGAAAACUGGAGGUAUUUGAUCACCACUGCUUGAGGACCAUCCUUCGAGUUAAGUUAACCGACUUCGUCUCAAAUGAGACAGUCCGCGCUCGCUGCGACAACAUCGCAAGGAUAACUCAGGCCAUCCAAGAAAGACGACUGAGGUGGUUCGGGCAUGUUCUUCGUCGUCCACCUCAGGAGCUCAGUGUUACUGCCCUCGAUCCGGCACCGUUGCCCCAUUGGAGGCGUCGAAGAGGGGGUCAGUACAAAACCUGGCUCGACACAGUUCGUCAAGACAUGGAGCUGGUUCUUGGACCUUCGCUAUUCGGUCUACGUCGUUGGCGAAGGAAAUGGUUUGGGCAGUCCAGAUCUGCUGCCGCGGAUCGUCACGCGUGGAGAGGUGUACAGUUCGGGACAUCAUCGAGGCCGGCUAGAUCAGGCAUGAUAGCAGCCGUAUCAAGUACAAGUACAGAGGAGUAAGGAGUCAAUCCUCAGGUGCCCCUGACUGACGACGACUAAUUAGCCGGAAAUGUCCGUCCCCCUCUUCCUUGUCUUUCUCAGUAAUCUCAUUAGGUCGUGAUUCUCGUGCGAGGUGAUGACCGUGUAGGCCGCGAAUUGCUUGAUUUACGGUUCUCCGGCACACGGUCUAUCAACAGACACAAUGCCUGCUCCCUCCAUAUUUAUUGCCGGGAGCAAGUCUGGGCGGAGCACACAAGGAGCUUGUGACUUAACAGACUGACGAGCCAGUAUCAAGUCAAUCACCAACACCGGUGAUUACAUCGCGGGCAUUAGAAGCUCUACUGCUAGCACUGAAGCCGUCACCACAGCAAAUACGAUCAUCCGCGUUAAAUGCGAAGCAGCAGCUUUUUAUUAGGCAUGGGUUGGCAUAGUAAUCGCAUCAUUUUUGCGUCCGUUGUACUCUGAUAAUUUGAUAGAAUACGAUUUCGGAACGUCGAGUUAGUAAGCGUCUAGUUACAACGAUCGAGUAUCCUCCUUCUUCUUCUUCUUCUUCUUCUUCUUCUUCUUCUUCGUAUCGCACAGUCUCUUGUGAUGUGAUUGUAGCACGCUCACUAAUCAGCUGACCGUCAUGUGAUGGAGUGCGAUGAAAAUGAGGUGUUAGGAGGAUAAAUUAGUACACAACAGAGCGAUUCGAGGCUAAUCAUGUGCUGUAUUCCCCCUCCGCAGGUGACGGCCGUCCUUGAGCCUUGGGGGGUCGGUGCAGGCAGUUUCCGACGCGUAAAUUGCGGGCUGAACGUCUCGGCGCCGACCGACCAGGCUGUCAUUAAGCCCUGCCUCGUUCGCACCCUUAGGUUUGUUUAGGUAACUGGUUUGUCUUAAGUACCCCGAGAAAAAUUGUGCGCAAAAUCUGGCCGUACAAGUGCACCGGACACUCUGUGCCUGGGAAGAGGAACCAGGACCGCACUGUGGCAAACGCAGUUCACGGAGGUGAAUGACACAGGUAACCAAUACGCCGGAUCUCAUUUGCAGUCGUUUGGACACUGCCCUUGUUGUAAUGGAGCGUUUAAGAAGAGGCAGAGUGAAGAAAGGUGAACCGCGGCAGCUCAAUCCGAUGUUGCGUGAAAACUGCCGACAAUAGUCAACUCACCAACUUCUAGCAAACCAGCCAAUAGUUACCCGUCCUUAUGAUUGUAUCGCAAAGUCCCACGUGUAGAGUUCGUGGAAUUAGUACUGGCAGGCCUGUAGACAGACAGCUAGGCCUAACUGCAACUACUCUGCGUUAGCGUGCAGAGGUAAACUUCAGCAGUCCUCUAAGAAAACACGGUUAUAAGGGGUUAGGUAGCCGCAUCUGAAGUAAACAAACCCCAUCCACCUGUUGUACGGCCCCGUUGGUAAUAGGGGGUUUUACAGGUGGGGCCGGGAAACGCACAGGCGACGAGGUCAAGUAUUUGUAGGCAAAAUGAAAGCUAUUGGGAAUGCGCGGUUGUACUUCGAGUGGGUGAAAAGUAUUUGCCCUAACCCCUGACCCGUAACCCCAACUCCGACAGUAUUAUGUCCAUCAGGUAGAUCUACAUAACCACAUCUUGCCGAAAAGACUUUCACUGCUUACCCCUGCCAAUGAAGAAGUGGACGAUAAAAUUGGCCUAAACACUAGUCACAUAAAAAACGUUCUGACCUGCGCCCAGGGUGUGAACGCUUCCAAAAUCAUUUUGGCAGUAGUUCAGCGGCUUCAGCCUUCAGUUCUCAUCCACUAAAGCAACGUGGCUUAUUCUGGAAGGUUAGAGCGUGUUCAGACACAGCGACAGUCGCCAGUGCAUACGAAUUUUCCAGUUGUGAUAUAAGCAUUACUGCUCUUGGCACAUUUACCCUCGGAGAGUAAAAGUCGUGUGUGGAGGGAGCGGAGCGACUGGAAAAACCCUUCCCUGGAAUGAUUGAUCAAAAGGAAGUAAAAACGAUGCUGGAGUCGUUUCUGUCGUGGAGUCGUGAUGAGGUUGAUGGUGUUCUUAGAAACAUGUUGCAGUGGUCAGUGUCAAACAGCCUACAAGGACAGCAGGCACCGACUUGAAGUUCUGGCCCUACGGAGUCCUCUUGCUGUGACAGAGCGGGGAAAGUGUCCAAAGCAUGAAAACAGCGUUUCACAGGGCCCUUCCCUCCAGGCAACUUGGGAGUCAGCAACUGAAAUACUAAAAGAUUUUUUUCCACGGACCUCCGUGGAACACAUUCGCCUUAACACAGAUAACAUCCAACGUCUUUAAACAGCAAGAAGGCGGUAUUUGCCAGCUUUUAUAUAAUAUUAUAGAUACUGGAAAACAGUGUUGCUUUUUAAUAAUGGAAAAGAAAAGCGUUUGCAAAAACGUUUCAUUUUUUAAUCAGUUGCAAAGUCGUCAUUACUUGCAGUCAUCGUUGUUCAGCUUAAACCUAUGUUUCCAAUGCCCUCUACACAAAAGAUAGUUUGCUUUAAAGCAAAGACUGUCAAGAGCCCCGUUUUAAUAUCACCAAUUUUCCGAAAAGUUUUUCCACCCUGGGGGUGCCGCAGGGAUUUGAAUAAAUUAUCAGUUGGCGCAUAAUCAGAUGAAUAGGGUGGAUGGUGCAUAGCAUUCCAUCCUUCAUCUCGGACCUUGUGCUGGAUCUGUCGGACAGAAUACGGCCUUGCGCUGUCAUGCUGCAGAAUGACCCAGUCUCCGUUCACUAGCGCUGCAUGUUUAACGGUGAGAGCUUAGUUCGAGUGUUCGUGUAGCGUAUAAUGACGAACAUGACUGCCUGCGAACUUUAUAUCCCCCAUUUCGUUAGGCACAACCUAAAAUAGCAAAAUGUAUAUCAAAAUCCAGAAAGCGAGAUCCGACAGUUCGAUCGUAGUUGCCGAUGAUGUACAGCAUAUGCUCCACAACAGAGUGGGAGCGGGCGUAUGAAUUAGUUUAUAGUGUUAACAGACUUGCGCAUCAUCUACCGCACCCUCCCCUCCUUCUCACACACCUGGGUCCGUUGUCAAGACGGAGUCAAGAAGACCGCAGGCGUGAGGGGACGCAGGUGGCUGGCACAUCAAAGAACCUGCACCUAGGCGUACCACCUCACCCACUGGUCCACAACGGACACCAACCAGGAUUUUAUGACACAAGAACAAGGGCGGGGAGAGGGGGCUCGAAUGUCAGUGGGCACGGCGUGCGCCUGCAACUGUGUCUGCCACCGCACCCCCCAGGCUUGACGUUUGCGCAUUCCCGAUAGCGCCUGCUGGAUUUCGAUCUAACUCCUGUGUUUGUCCAGCGCACCAAUCGCAUCCCUCUUGAUUUGGCCUUUAUGACAACUCCUAACCAUGAGGUUCGAGACUCCUGCUCGCAGUCUGGUUCGUGUAUAGACAGAGGCCAGAACAAGCGUAAGGUACGUAAGUAUAAACUCAGCCCCGAUGACCACGAUGCGCAAGUCCAUCUGACAAUGACAGUUUGAUCGUCGUGACCGGCAACGUCCACCGUGUGUUCCACAGCAGGAUGAGAGCACGUAUGAUGGCUUGAGCGUGAACCAGCUUAAAGUGAUAGUAAGGUAACGCCGUAUUUACCGCACUCUCUCCCCCUCGCCACCUGGGCCCGAUUUCAUGAGAGAGCCAAGGAGACCGGAGGUGGGAGAGGGCGCAGGUGGCUGGCGUGACGAAAACCCGCACCUAGGCGUACCACCACACCCCUGUUCCACAAAAUACACUGGCCAGGAUCUUACGCAACAAGAAAAAAUAUAGAAGAGGUGACUCGAAUGCCAGCCGGCGCGGCGUGCGCCUACAACUAGACCUGCCCCCCAGCGCUGGCUUUUGUUAUGAGUGCGCAAUCCCGGUAACUCCAGUCGGACUCCAGUCUAACCCCUGUGUUGGCCCAGGGACAUGGGACCCAUGGGCAGAGUUCAAAUGAAGCAGUGGUAAGCGCCCAAUGACUAACAGCUAAAUUAAGACCACAAAUGCACGACACUGUUCUCCAUCACGCCUAAUAGUUGUUGGACUACAUUCCAGUACAUGGGCUCACUCAUGGCAUGUCAACUAAAAUCCCGAAAUGCGUUUUCGCUUCGAAAAGAUUAAUUAAGUAUGGUUGUAAAACUAGUCAGCCUGCAACAUAAUUCCCUAAUAUGUCAGUUACCUCAGGAGGCCGGCUUUUGAAAGAGCUUCCUUCCGACUGCAUUAGAAAGCUACACUCUGUAAAAAAUGACUACCUAAGUAGCAUGAAUUUUUCUCUUUGAUUUUCGAUGUCUCUAAAAGUCUAAUUAUAUUUCAUGGGAAACAGGCAUAAAAAAUAUUUAUUCUUCUGCUCUUUCGGUAGACACUUAUUCGGUCUAAAAAAGUUUCGAACUGUGAGACUUUAAUACCGUGAAAUGGCUGUUCACAAAUCGUCAUGUCUCUGCAUUUACCAAUGUGGCUAGUAAAGUUAACAAUAUAGAUCAAAGCCAAUGCCAAAUUUUUUAAACCCCUUAUGGUCUCCUGUAAACACCGUAGGGCAAUGAGUGGUUUUCCGUAAGCAGAAAUUACAUGGCUUGUAGUUUGGAAACCCCGAAUGCAAGUGUGACGUCAGAGCGGGUUUGAAAUGAUUCGGGAAUUGGGAAAGUUCUUAGAAAGCGAACAAUACCUUUUCUUCGAGCAUAAAAUAGAAAGAAGGCGUAAUUGUCUACGGAAUGAGCGGAAGAAUAAAUAUUUUUAUGCAUGUUUUCCAGGAGAUAUAAUAAGACAUUUAGAGACAUCGAAAGUCAAUGAGAAAAUGCAUGCCAAUUAAGUAGCUAUUUCUUCCAGAGAAUAGUUUUCGCGGGCAGACCGAAGGAAGUUCAUUCGAAAGCUGGCAUCCUGAUGUAACUGAUUUAUUAUAGAAUUAUGUUGCAGGCUGACUAGUCUUACAACCCUACUUAAUUAAUUUUUUCAAAAGGAAAACGCAUUUCGGAAUUUUAGUUGACAUUUCAUGAGUUAGCCCACCUACUGUAUAUUAAUGAGGGGCGAAACGCAGUCGAUAUAGGGUCGAAGUAUAGCACCGAAUGCCGCCAACUAGUCCGGCCAUUGGAAUUGUAGAUUUGGCCGCAAAAAUGUCCAUACUGCAAAAGUCCCAAAACACAAUGAGUUUAAAUUAGAGAAUGAAAGAAGGAAACUGCAAAGGUGACGCAACAAUACUAGGGGACAGAAAUACAGUUCUAUCGUCGUUGCCGACGAUGUUCACCGUGUCCAGGAUGGCAGCAAGGGCGGAGACUGCGCAAGCUAGUUUAGAAUGAUGGUGGUGGACAUGCACUGCGCCCACCGCAGAGGGAUCGGGGGGGGCAGGCGACUAUCGCCGCGUGACCCCUCAUCAAAGCGUCCCACCAUGCUACAUGGUCUAUGCAGAACGGACUAAGGUCUCACACAACGAGAAGGGGUGGGCAGCUCGGAUCCCAACUGAGUGCGAGUGCCAUGAAUGCCGCAUUAAGAAGGAGCCAUUGGAGCGCUUGUGACGGGGAAAUUGAUAGAGUUGAACAUGGGGGAAUUUUCGGAUGUGCUUUGAGCAUCAAUAUUGUCGUGAAUUCCUGUCGUGAGUGCGCAUUUGGUCGGUUAGCCCACCCGGAUGUGCCAGAAUGAUGCUGGUUUCGAGCUAAAGAAACCUGUUGCCUUCAAAGGACUGAUGUGACCAUGACCAGUAGAAUAGAGAAACGUUAUCUACAGGGAGGGGGGGCGUGAGACAGCUAGCGUAUCUGACCCAUCAACUUGUUCCUCAGAUGCAACAACUAGGAGAAGAAUAGUAGCACUUCGAGAACUUCAUAAGGCUUUUUGUCUAUUCAAUCGCAAAGGAAUGCAGUGAUCUGAAAAAAAUACAGAGAAGCCCCUUGUGCAUGAACCACCUGUAUCUACUAGUGUCUCUGAUGAUGGGUUCGAGCCGGAAUCCGAGACGUCAAGCGUAUGAAGCUCUUGUCCCAGCAAUCAUGACCCUUUAUUCAUAGUAGUCUGUUUUUAAAACAGCGUUGCUAGUCUUUGUGGGCCUAAUAUUGUAGAAAGACCGAAUAAAUAUCGUAAAACGUGAAUUCAUGACUCCAGAGUCUUCUUUGUAUUAUAAACACAAUACGCUGGUUAGGAGAGGGGAGGGUUGGUUAGGUACUAUGCAAAUCUAAUUUGUUUAAAAGCAGUUCAUGUGCGGCUCUCGACUUGGUCCUCGGAUCACCAGCGGCCCCGUCGCUUGCAGCAGACGAACCGUAGCCGUCUAUGUGAGUCGUCAAGGGAGUUGCUUGUGAAUUAAGACGACGGCGGACACAAGCCUCCCGCGCGACCUUCACGCCCAAAUCAAUACUCUCAUUGGGAUAGAUGAAAGUGGCCUCAUUUUGGACGGCUAGGUAAAGACUUGAAGCAGAAUUCUUUAGCUCAGCACCCCGACAUGGAAGUCUGUUUCCUACCUCUCUUAUCCGACUGUUUGAGUGGGAAACCAUUUUGUCUGCUGAUUUUGUGUUUAUCUCCCUUAGCGAGAAAUCGUUUCCCUCCACAUUGGUCAGUGCGGCUGCCAGUUGGGAAACGCCGCCUGGGAAUUGUACUGCGCAGAACACGCUAUCACCUGUGAGGGUCUGGCUUUCGAGCCUCCACGAGAAGGCGAGAACGUGGAUGUCUUCUUUAGUUUCACCGGCAGUGGCCAGUACGUUCCACGCUCCAUCUACAUCGACUUGGAAGCCACGGUUAUUGGCAAGUUAACCGACUUUUUCUUACUGUGAGCCAGGCGUUGCAUGAACAGUUGUUUGGGUAUGGUCUUAGCAGAACCAGGACAGGAAAUGAUAGCCGUAUUGUGUCUCAGUGUACUUGAGAGUGACUACGGCAGUUCGAAUGUCAAUUCUGACGAUAUUCACUGUGUGUGUGUUGUGCCCUCCAAACGGGCCACGUGGUAGAUGCGCUGGACCAACACGGGGGCCACAUUGGAUUCUGGCAGGCGUUAUCUGUGCGCAAUAACAAAUGCCAACACUUCCGGGGUGCGCUGGCGGACCCUGUUGUCGGCAUUCGUCGCACAACUGGACCACUGCCGCCACCCCCUUGUUUUGUGGUCACAAUCCAGGUCAUUGUGUGUGGACCAGGGGGUGCGGAGUGGAGCGCUAAGCGAGGAUCCGUCCGAGCCAUCCACCUGCGACCUCCCCCGUCUCCGGUCUUCUUGACUCUGUCUUGACACCGGGCCCAGGCAGGGAAGGAGGAGAGAGUGUAGGUAGAUGCUACGCAAGUCUACUGGCACUAUAAACCCCUGCGUAAGUCACCGUCCCUGCUCCCACAAUGCAGUCUGUGGGGCACACGGUGGACAUCGUCGAAAUCGACGGUCGAACUGUCGUGUGCCCACACAGCACGGUUGGCACAAAGACGGUGACUUGCGCGUGAGUAGGUUCUAAGUGAUAGUAGACUUGCGCUACAUCUGCCGCACUCUCUCCUCCCUCAACCACCUGGGCGCUGUGUUAAAACAGAGUCAAGCAAGCCGUAGGUGAGAUCGGAUGCAGGUGACUGGUGCGGCAUGGGCCUUGACCGUAGGUGUACCCCACGCUUCCUCCCCCCCCCCCGCCCCCCAUGUAUGCCAUGCGCCGGAGCCUGAUCUAGCCCCGUGUUGGUCCACUGCAUUUGCCGCAUGGCUCGCCGUAGGCAACCAAGAACGUAUGGCAAACAAGCUGGCUGGAUAUGCCUCAGCGAGUAACCAGUAAAUUCGUCAAAACUUGUGCUCCACGAACACAGGGUGAUCUCACUAGAUGGGUCGAAAACUGGCAACUCCGAGUGCCAACUCGAAUAAUACUUAGGUAUUCUCAUAUUGGGGCUAGUAAAAGUGCUACAUGUCAGUUCGACCGUGGAUUUCGACGAUGUCCACCGUGCGCUACACAGCGAGAUGCAGCAGGCACGGUGACGUGUGCGUUAAUCAGUUUAUGCGGAGCCUCUACCGCCUUCCCUCCUCCGCACUCCCCACCUGGACCCGGUGUCAAGACCCGGUCAAGAGGACCGGAAGUGGGGGAGGGCGCAGGUGGCUGGCACGGCCGCAGCCGCCCCUAGGUGUGCCUUCACACCCCCUGAUCCACCCAACAAAUGACCAGGAGUUUGCCUCAACAACAAGGCCCCAACAGGGGUCAGAAAGACGAGGAUGAUGACUGGACAGCCACGCCCACCACCUGUAUGCUCAGCGGGAGCGCGAUCACAUCUACUGUCAGGGAAAUACUAGCGCAUGCUAGGCUACGUCGGCCAUGGUUUGCUGAUACUGGUGUAGCGGACGCUUACAAACUUUUGGAAAAUGCUAAAUAAUAUGCAGCCUACUGUCAGGCGGUUCUGGUUAAAUCAAAUAAGAACGAAUGACAGUUUUUUUCUAAAUUUAUGGUGGGCUGAGAAAACCACUCAGACUACUCGGUUUCUUUGGUAGUACAGACAUACUGACUGGAAAAGUGCAACUAGCAAUAAGGCCAAUGAAUGUCAGAGCAUCAUUAAGUGUCGUUGGAAAAGAACAAAUAUGUCUACCGUUAAUAAUACUAGCUACAGUUGCAGCACAAAAUGGAGGCUGUAGUUCGUUUCCGUGACUAAAAUUAAAUGCAGUAGAUGGACUUACUCAUGAAAUGUCAGCCGAUAUUCCGAAAUGUGUUUUCCUUUCGAAACGACUAAUUAAGUAAUGUUGUAAAAAUACCCAUCACGCAGCAUAAUUCUCUAAUAAUUCAGUUACCUCAAGAUUCCGGCUUCUGAAAGAACUCCUGCUCCACUGCAUACAAAGAGCACACUCUGUAAAAAUGACUACUUAAGCAGCGUGAAUUUUUUUCUUUGAUUUUCGACGCCCUUAAUGUCGAAUUAUAUUUCAUGGAAAACAUGCAUGAAAAUAUUCAUUCUUUCGCUCAUUCGGUAGAAAUUAAAGCCUCCUUCCAAUUUUGCACCCGAAGGAAAGCUAUAAUUCGGUUUUCAAAAACUUUUCCAAUUCCCGAAAAAUUUUGAACCCGCUCAGCCGCCACACUUGCAUUGCGGGUUUCCAAACUAAAAGCCGUUUAUUUUCUGCGUGCGGAAAACAACACAUUUCUCUGCUAUAUUGAGGUGAGACCAUAGGGAAUUCAUUAAAUUUAACAUUGGAUUUUAGUAAUAUUGUUAACUUUACAAGCCACAUUGGUAACUACAGAGCCAUGACGUUUUAUGAACGGUUAUCUCACGGUAGUUAAAAGUCCUACAAUUAGGAACUUUUUAAAAACUGAAUUAUGUUCAUCCCUCAAGCAUAACAUUGAAAGAAGACGUAAAUUUCUACCGAAUAAGUGAAAUAAUUUGUCUUUUUAUUCGUGUUGUCCAAGAAAUAUAAUGGGACUUUUUGGAACAUCGAAAAUCAAAGUCAAAAAUACAUGCUACUUAUGUAGUCGUUUUUUACAGAGCAUAGUUUUUACAUGAAGCCAGGAGGAAGUUCGUUCAGCAGUCGGCAUCCUGAGGUAACUGAAUUAUUUUACUGCAGGCUGAUUAGUUUUACAACCCCAUUUAAAUAAUCUUUUCGAACCUAAAACAAAUUUCGUAAUUUCAGCUGACAUUUUAUGAGUUAGCCCACGUACUGUAUGUCUGCUAAAGCCCAUUCAUAGUGCCUUCGUUCUGAUCUGUACAAUAAAGUUGAUUUUGAGAAAGGUAGAACCUGCAUCGAAAAUGACCUUACACACUUUGGCCACAUAUAGGGACAGUUUCUUGGAGUUCGUCUCUCUUACCAAAGCCGGUCUGACGGUUCUUCACGGGCUUGAAUGGUACGCAGACUUUGCUUACUUUGACCGUUGAAGGCAUGGCGGCAGGCUUUCAGUCGACACUAUCACAGGUUCAUAAAAUUUAAAAUCACAAGUAGCUCUUGUCAGAGUACUAAACAGACACAGACUUAUCCCCCUCCCCUAUGCCACUGAGUCGGGUUGCUUUAUAAGUCAACUUCAUAUCUUUGUCUAGGGUUAGUAGACGGAGUAUUUACACAGAAAAAGGUCAGUUCAAUUAUUUAAACAUUCUCUGCUAACACAUCGUGCAAUACUUUCCAUGUUCGAUUAAAUACUCGCUGCUUCGAUGCUACCGAAUUGCUGAAAAGACGUCGUGCACUCGCUUCCUAAGCAAAGGAACUUUCGAAUCCAUUUCAGAAUCCGAUAGUUCCUUGUCGAGACCUUUAAUUUUAAUUCCACAAUAAGCUUAAUAUUCCUUAUGUUGAUCCCCAUUUACUGUAGAUGAAGUACGUGUCGGUCGUUGGCGCAAGCUCUUCCAUCCAGACAAGAUGAUUUCGGGUUGUGAGGAUGCCGCCAACAAUUUUGCGCGCGGCUACUUCACCACGGGUAAGAUGAUGCUGGGACGGGUAAUGAAUGAGCUCCGAAGAUCCAUGGAGAACUGCGACAUGCCCCAGGGAGUGAUGUUAUUUCGAAGUCUAAGCGGUGGCACUGGGGCUGGAAUGACCGCCUCCAUCCUUGAUAUGAUGAAUGACUAUCGAAAAAUUCCGAAAAUUGAAAUACCUGUCUACCCCUCUGCUGCAUUGUCAACGGCUGCGGUGGAGCCCUACAACAGCAUUCUGGGUGAGCACUUCUCCAUGGAAGAUAUUGACUUUUCUCUCUUGCUGGACAAUGAAGCCAUGUACGACCUUUGCGACCGUUAUAUGGCAGUGAACAUUGUGCCCUACAAUCGCAUUAAUAGGAUGGCAUCCAUUGUGUUGAGCUCCCUAACCGCAGCUCAGAGAUUCAGGACGGUCCUCUGUGGUGACCUGACCACAAUCUGCACCAAUAUCGUGCCCUAUCCUCGCAUUCAUUUCCCUCUCGCCAACUUCUCUCCACUCGAGUCGCCAGAGAGGGCGGAACAUGAUACCAUAUCUACUCUGGAGAUCACUCGCCGGGUCUUCGAGAAGGAGAACCAGUUAGUAAAGGUGGAUCCAACGUCAGGCGUGUUUAUGGCCUGUACUCUGCUUUAUCGGGGUGCAGUCUCACCCAAUCAUGUCUACAAUUCUGUCAGUGUGGUAAAGGACAUGAAAGGGAUUGAAUUCGUCGACUGGUGUCCCACCGGCUUCAAGGUCGGCAUCACCUUGGAGCCACCAACCAGUCGGAUGGAAAGUGGUUUGGCCCAAACGUGCAGAAACGUUGUGAUGUUGGCCAACAACACCGCAGUCUCGCAGGCCUGGCAGAGAAUGGUUCAUAAAUACUUCAUUCUCUACUCCAAACGCGCCUUUGUGCAUUGGUAUGUGGGCGAGGGCAUGGAAGAGAACGAAUUCAAUGAGGCUCUGGUUAAUUUGACUUCCCUCGUGAAGGACUACGAGGAAAUUGUUGCUGAUCCGUCGGACGAGUGA